AUGAACGCUUUAUACUCGGAAUUUAUUGCUUUGAAUAAGUACUCCCUGGUGGUGCGUAGGAAGCCAUUGAAGAUCGUUGCUGGUGGCACCACUCCACUGAGCUGUUGUAUUUGUGAAAUAUGCAUAACCUUGGGGAAUUAUGACCUAGAAAGUUGUCAAGUGCUACCGUUGAAAGAAUUAGAAAUCUAUGAAUCAUUAAUGAUAAUAGAUUGUGAAAUUGAGAGAAUUGCUACUGAUUUGAGUAACCGUGAAGAGCUCGUCCAUGGCAAUUAA